AAUUUUAUAUUAAUAAUGUAAUCAGUAAUCGGUCUAUGUUCUAUUUAAUAUUAUUUUUUACUAUGUUGUUUCCCUUUCCGUUAAACAGUUUUUUAUUUUAGUAACGUUUUAAGUCAUAACUUCAUAAUCAUAAGUCUGUAACUUUAUACUCUUUGUCUGUAACUGGAAUUGAAAUAGAAUAGUUGUAUAUAGAAUUUGGAUGUACAUACAAUGGAUCGUUUUCUUUUUAUUAGUUUAAUAAGUUUUACGUUAUUAGCUGAGAUACAAUGCGGUAGACAUUUUCGACUAGGUCGAAGUAAAGGCGGUAAUUUAGGUGCACCGGGCGGAGCAGAUAAUCAAAAAAUACAUGAAUUACCCCCUGCACAAUGGUUCAAACAAAAAUUGGACCAUUUCAGCGUGACGGAUUCAAGAACUUGGAAACAACGCUAUUUUGUCAACGAAAGCUUUUAUGAUUUCAAUAACCCUGGGCCAGUUUUCUUGAUGAUAGGCGGUGAGGGUCCAGCCGAUGCAAGAUGGAUGGUAAAGGGUGCUUGGAUAGAAUAUGCUAUAAUUUUUAAUGCACUUUGUAUUCAAUUGGAACACCGAUACUAUGGUGAAAGUCAUCCAACUAAGAAUCUCAGCACAAAGAAUUUACAAUACCUCUCAUCCAACCAGGCGCUUGCUGAUUUAGCAUACUUCAUCAAGAGUAUGAAUGAUAAAUACAAGUUCAAUCGACAAGUUAAAUGGAUUGCAUUUGGUGGAUCAUACCCAGGUUCUCUUGCAGCUUGGUUACGGCUCAAGUAUCCGCAUUUGGUCCAUGCUUCCAUAUCUUCUAGUGGACCUUUGCUUGCAAAAGUUAACUUCAUGGAAUACUUUGAAGUUGUUGUAAAUGCAUUACGAGAGAAAACUGGCACUGAAGAAUGUGUUACACAGUUAAAACUGGCUCAUCAACAGAUCGAAACUAUGAUGGAAUCUGACCCUGUAUCUAUUGAAAAGGAAUUUAGAGUCUGCAAGCCAUUCUCCAAAGCUACCAAAAACGACAUCAAAAACUUUUACAAUUCAAUUGCAGAUGAUUUUGCUGAUCUUGUUCAAUACAAUGAAGAUAACCGUAUAAGUGCUGAUACUAGAUAUAAAAAUCUUACUAUUAACACGGUGUGUCAAAUGUUAACACAGCCUGAAGGUGGUCCAGCUUACAAAAAGCUAGCUGCUUUUAACACGAUGAUUCUGGAUAAAACAAAUCAAACUUGCCUGGAUUAUAGCUACAACAGUAUGAUUGAGGAACUAAGAAAUGUUACUUGGGGAUCGGAAGGAGCUCGUCAAUGGAUGUACCAGACUUGUACAGAGUUUGGUUUCUACCAAACAUCAUCGGGAGAAGUUGAAGUUUUUGGUAAUCACUUCACCAUCGAUUUCUUUAUUCAACAAUGUCAAGACAUAUUUGGACCCAAAUUCGACGCCGGCUUCGUAAACGAGGUCGCGGAUUGGACGAACAACGUCUACGGUGGUCUAACCAUAGACGCAAAACGAGUUGCGUACGUCCACGGAUCGGUGGAUCCGUGGCACGCGCUCGGAAUGACAACAACUGAGGACGACGAUGCGCCUGCCAUCUUUAUCGAAGGCACGGCACACUGUGCGAACAUGUAUCCUCCGAGCGCCGCGGAUUCUGCUCAACUGGUAGAGGCACGGGCGGAGAUCCGCCAAUACCUCGGCUCCUGGCUCAACCUCCCCUGACCCGUAGGUGUCACGAGGCUCUGAAGAGGGAAGUCCCGCAUCAUGUGGGGACGACGGAAACGACGGCGUACGUAACGGCUUCACUUUACCAGGGCGACUUUAUUCGACGAUUUACGGCUUCUAAUAAAUUUUACGUGUCUAUUCGGUGUUAAUUUUAAUAUACGAUAUUAUUAUAUAAUCUUAAUAGAACCGAUAUAAGUGCGCAUUUAUGCAUCACGAAUAUAAUACGUUUCGCCAUGUGUACACGAUUGGCUUAACUUUGGAAGAAUAUUGGACAUCUAAGUGUCGCUCGGAGCAUACGGACGCGGUACCUCUUCAUUUUGAAGAUAAUCCAUCUUCUGUUUGGGCUCGCUGUGCUGUUUCCGUUCACGAAGAGGUUUGCCUUAAAUGGAAAAAGUUGAACGCUAUAACAUCUAAACGUAAACUCGCUAAAUUUUGCGGUGAAUUUUGUGGGGGGGAGAAUGCUGGGUGGGGGUCAGGCUGGGGAUAGAAGGGGGCUAUGGAAUGAGCUGGGAGGAAGGGGAGUUAGGCAGGUUUUAUGCGAAUGACAAUUAGAGUGUUUAUUUUUAUAAUGAAGUCACUGUUGGAAGACAGAAGAUAAGAGAUAACCAUUCCGCGCCAAGACUGCGUCUGUACGUUUUAUAUUUUUAUUAGUCUCUUUUUAUUUUAUUUUGAAUGAUAAUAAUAGACUAAACGACUGAACAUUUAGACAUACUUAGUAAAAGCAAAAGCAUAGGUUUUUUAAAUAAUUAAUUUGUUUUAAUGUGGUAUCUUAACUGUCUCUCUAUUUUGUUUGCGUUUAAUUUAAGUAAAAAAAAUAAUGGAUGAUUACAUGCCAUGGCGAUCAGAUCAAAGAUAAUAUGAAACAUUGUUAGAGGGAUAAAAUUGUAAAGUCAUACAUUACUUGGACCGACAUAGAUGCGCAUUUAUGAAAAUAGUAAAUAAUAAUAUGUUUACACUCCCUGUGUGCCAUUCGAACGUCUGAUGACGGUAUUGUUUUCGAAGUGAACGAACGGCUAAUAACAGCUGCACACAGGCGAAGGUUUUGCAUUAGUAAUUUAGUAUAGUAUAUAGAUGCUUAGAUUUUAAUUAUCGAAAGAACCGUGUAACAAUAUAUACACUUAUUAUAAUGAUUACGAUUUUUAACAAUAACUGCCACAAAACAACUUAAAUAGGCCAAGAUUUAACAUGAUAACGAUAAUUAUUCGGUUCUUUCGAUUUGUUAAAACGCUUCUCGCCAUAUUUCAAACUAAUAUCUAAAUGGAUGAGUUUAGAAAGAAUAUUAAGGUCAUGAAAUAUAUAAUCUCAUUAAUAAAAAAUAAUGAACGUAUACUGAAUUUUAAGAACGGCGCAAGUUUGUUAGUUGUAGAUAACUGUCGGAUCGACCUAUUUAACUUCGCACGAUCUAUCAUAAGUCCUUAUAUUAUACGACCUCGAGUGUUGGGUGAACUGCUUUAUUGAUGCUAAUAAUGCUAUGACAUUAAAUUUACUGGACUAGACAAAUCAACAAGAACAGCGUUAGUUUUUUAACCUAUUUCCGAAAAAACUAACACAAUUCUUGUUCUCUCGGACGUGACUAUUAAAAACAAGUGCUCCCGUUAUUGAAAAAAAAAAAAAGAAACGAAAUUACCUGAAUAAAAUUUGCCUUAUUAACAA